AUGUCUAAAUUACUUUUACAAGUUGCUACCUUUGCGUCUCUAUUCCUCGACGUUUACUCCGCGCCAACAAACGUCGCUGGGGUAGAAGUUGCCGGCCUUAGCCCUGAUCUCCCGCCGUAUGAGAUCUUUAUCGAGGGACCCUCGGACUCCCUUACGCUGGAAUCAACGGGUAUUUCACCAGCCCAGUUGUAUAAUAUGUCAUUGGAGCUUGUCAACAAUCCUGAACUGUUUGCGUCCGAGCUAGAAGCACGAGACUUUGGGCCAUUGGAAAAGCGAUAUACCGAUAGAUGCCUCUCGCCAGAUAACCCGUCUGAUCCAUGGAGCCAGACUGACCCCUAA